CAGCUGCGUGUAUGACAUUGGAGUUAGCCGAAUUCAGGAAGCCCUUUAUCACUUCCACUAUAAAUGGCUAUGACAUAGUGCCUACAUUGUCAGCUUCUUCUGUUCACAAUUUCAUUUACAGGGUGCAUGCUCAAAGGUCUGAUUAAGGAUAAAAACAUCCUAACUGCAGUUGGAUCUCGCAUAUCAUUUGCAAAAGCCAUCACAGGACAUGCAGUAACUCGUUGCACCCAGGUUGUGAAGAAGCAUCAACAAAGAACUCACUCUUUGUUACCCUGGCCCCAGCAUGAGAAUAUUGACACAUCAGAUGACUUGGUUAAGGCUUCUCAAUCAUCCGAGACAAGUUAUGAAACUCUUUCGACUGAAGAACACGUAAUCAUAGAUUCUGUGUCAGAUGAUGACGAAUAUAAUUCUUCUAGUGAAGGAUCUGACUCAGAUGAUGAUGAAGACGAACUGUUUAACAUUCCUGCUAAGGAAAAAGAAGCAACCACAACCAACACAUCACUGAAGAAGAGAGUGCUUGUCUUGUUCCAACAUCAGUCAACUUGGAUAGACAUUCUCUUCAUCCUCCAGGCAAGAUUAUGCAUAUUGUGCGUGAAAAAAAUAAUUCAAACCGCAAGUGUCCUGAUAAGAAGCGCAUCUACUUAUAUGAAACGCCUACAGAAUUUUAUGGAAAACUCAGAUUUUCUAGAGGGGUUAUACUGGAUCAUCUCACAAACAAGUAUUUGAAGAAGUGUUUUUUUAGGAAUUUGUUAUUUUUUUAACAGUUGCAAGUCUUUUGAAUGUUUGUUUCUGUUUUUUCUUUUCAUUUAGGACGAUGUUAUAAUAGGUGUAUAUCUAUUUCUUCUUAUAAGCUUUGAGCUCUAUUUAUAGAGUCAUCCAAUAAAGUUUUUCAUGUGUCUA